CUCUUAUUUGAUAUCAGAGAGUCCAAUGGAGCCUUCUGGAGGACCUAGUCAGACUAACAAAGAUAACUUUUUAGAAGUUCCUAAUUUAUCUGAUUCUCUUUCUGAAGAUGAAGAAGUUAAAGCUACCUUCAAACCUGGUUUUUCCCCUCAACCUAGGAGACGAGGUUCUGAUUCUUCUGAAGACAUGUAUCUGGAUACUCCAUCUUCAGGUACAAGAAGAGUUUCAUUUGCUGACACCUUUGGAUUCAAUCUUGUAUCUGUCAAAGAAUUUGAUUGCUGGGAUCUACCAAGUGUUUUAACCAAUUUCAACUUAAGAAAGGAUAUUUUCCACCCAGAAGAAUAUGUGUUAUCUCUACUAUUUGACUUGCCUUCUUCAAAAGAUCUUAUGCAACAACUUCAAGUACAGAAAGCAAUAUUGGAGUCAGCUGAGUAUCUUCCUGAGUCUACAAGUAUAAAGGGCAUUAUUCGAGUUUUAAAUAUUUCUUUUGAAAAGUUAGUAUACGUGAGAAUGUCCUUAGAUGACUGGAAGACACAUUUUGACAUUUUAGCAGAAUAUGUCCCAAAUUCAUGUGAUGGUGAAACUGACAAGUUCUCCUUUAAGAUUUCAUUGGUUCCUCCUUACCAAAAAGAUGGCAGUAGAGUCGAGUUUUGUAUACGUUAUGAAACUUCUGUUGGUACAUUUUGGUCAAAUAAUAAUGGCACAAAUUAUGUAUUGAUUUGUCAAAAGAAAGAACAAGAGUUGAAGCCUGUGAAACUUUGGGAAGAAGUUCCUAACAGACAAAUAAAAGGCUGCUUAAAGGUAAAAUCAAGUAAAGAAGAAUCAUCAGUAAUACCAUAUGAGAAUAACUUUGAGAAUUCAAAGAUUACAGAUACCCAUAUCCCAAUAAUUGUUUGUUCUCAUGAGGAGAAUGAAGACUUGAAAACCAGUAUUCAAAAUGUAAAAGAUGUAAAAAGGGACCAUGAUGAAAAAGAAUUAGAGUUGAGGAUAAAUCAAGGCUUAAUAAGAAGCACUGCUUCCAGAGAUGAAAAGAAUUCAUUUUCAACAGAUCCAGUCAGUUUUCCAAAUAAAGCAGAGAUAUUAGAGAAGAAGCAUAUUCAUGAUGAAGUAUACACUGACUUGCUUAAAAGGACUUUGUCUCCAAGUUCAUCAGUAGAAAGCUCCAUAAAGGAAGAUUUUUACUGCAAUGAAAAAUAUUUCUCAGGAAAUAAGGGUAGUCAUCAACCUACAGAGGAAAUUACUUCAGAGAUGAGAAAAAUCAAGCCAUCACUGGGAAAUACUGAUAGUGAUGAAUUAGUACAAUUAGUGCAUAUUAGUAACAAAGAAGUAUUGAAUGAUAAUGUUAAUCCAGCUCAAAGGAAAGGCAGAGUGCAAAUGUCCUGUCCCUCCUCAGAUCAGCUAAUAGCAGACAAUCUUAAUAAAAAACAUGAAGGAGGAGCUAUGAAAAUUAAAAUGAAAGAUCAGGAAUGUUUAAGAAGAGAUUUCCAUUUGAAAGAAUCAAUAGAAAAAGAAUUUUCCCAGAAAGAUUAUGAGAAUGGUAAGAAUGAGAAGGAAAUAAUACAUCUAGGUAUUAAUGAAAAACAAAGCAAAAAUCUUCAAUCAAUCUUACAUGACCAAGAAAAGAUGAGCCACUCUGAAAUAAGUGUGAAAGGGAUUGGAGUUAGUAGCAGAGGACUGAUUGUUCUGCCCAGUAAAGAUAUCACAACUCUCAACCAGGCAUUCAGAGCAGAUUCAUCUCAAAGGCCCAGAAGAACUCUAAGUUUGGAAGAAGCUGUGUUAACAACCACAGAACCUGAUCUCUCGACUAGUAAAGGUACUGCUUCAGAAGAGAGGCCUAAUCAAGUUUGUUCACCAAAAAAUGGAAAUAUUUUGAGGAAUGAUGAUAUUUUCCAAGUGGAAGGAGAAAAUUUAGAUAUGAUUAAUCCUGAAGAUCACAAUAACACACAGCAUAAACAACGAUGGAAUUUUCUGGGAAGUCAGAGAAAAACAAGAGAGGAUAAGACAAAUACAACCCAGCAGGUCAAAGAACAUGGAGAAUGGGAAGACAUGUGGGAAAAAAGAGACAAUACAAGGAUUAUGACUGCUACGCCUACAGAAAAAUUGUUUACCUGCCAAGAAACAGUGAGCUGUGAACUGUCUUCUUUAGAUGAUCACAUUACUGAGAAAACAGAAGCAGGUGACAAGGAAUCUGAGAGUUCUGCUUCUGCACAUCUUCCUGCCCAGGAAAGUCAAGCUCAAAGCAGUGAAUCUCUGCUUUUGAAAUACAUCAACUCAAAAAUACCUUAUUUCCUUUUGUUUCUGUUAUUUCUUGUAGCUGUCUACCAGUAUGACUUAAUGAUUGGCUUGGCAUUCUACCUUUUUUCAUUAUACUGGCUAUACUGGGAAGGAGGAAGACAAAAAGAGUCUGUCAGAAAGAAGUAAUCUCAGCACUAUUACUAUUCUCUCUUCAAAGAUAAGCUAUUUAGUCCCAAACAUUUGGAUUGGUAAAAAAGACUAUUCAUUGUUCAAAGAGCCAGUGCAGUUUUUUCUCUUAAAGGAUCACUUAAAGAGGAAUGUGUAUGAUGUUUGCUCCUUCAUAUAAGUAAUUAUUCUAUAUAGAACCAUUAUUUUAAAUCAUUAAAUACUUAUGUAAAUAUGAGAUCUGAAGCACGUCAAGUUGAAAUUAGGUACAGCUGUUGCUUCUUAAGAAGCUAUGAAAUUACAAUGAUUCAUGUCUCUUCACUACUUCAAGUGCCAUUUCUUGUAUUCAUUACUUUUGCAGUAAAGCUUUAUUUUUCCCCCUAAGAAUACUAUAAUUUUUAAAAAUGGAUAAAAAAUGGACAAUGGCAAAGAACUUGUAUUGUUUAUUCAGUAUUGACCAUGAAAUUUGCGUUAACCACUGUAUCAUUUGUCAGUACAUUUUGAUAGAUCAAAUCUUUCAACAUCAAU